CAUUCAAUUCUUCUCGAUUGAAGAAGAUAGUGUCUUUAGUUUUAACGUAAUAACCAUGAACAGAAUUUUAGUUUUGAUUUCUGUCAUUCUGUUUAGUGUUUAUCAUACUGAACAAGUUCAUUUCUUGUCCGAUAAUUAUAUCGAAAAACUUAACAAGAAAAUAUCAACAUGGAAGGCUGGUAGAAAUUUCCCUGCUGAUACAUCACUUCUUCACCUAAAAAAAUUGUUAGGUUCUAAAAAAAAUGAUCCAGGUGAUUAUGAUGAUGCUCCUAUUAAAACAGAUGACCCUGCCUAUGCAAAUAUUACAAGUAUUCCUGAAACGUUUGAUGCUAGAGAGCAAUGGAAAUAUUGUGAAAACAUUGGUCAUGUCCCUGAUCAAGGAAAUUGCGGAUCUUGUUGGGCUGUGAGUACUACGAGUGCAUUUGCCGAUCGUAUGUGUAUCGCAACUAAAGGAAAAUUUAAUCAUUUGUUAUCGGCUGAAGAAUUAGCUUUCUGUUGUGUUAAAUGUGGUGAUGGUUGUAAUGGUGGAAUUCCUAGUAAGUCUUGGGAAUACUUUAGUACUCAUGGCGUUGUCACUGGUGGUGAUUAUGAUACUAAAGAGGGAUGCCAACCAUAUAAAGUAGCACCAUGCAAAAUAGAUGAAAAAGGUUACAAUCCUUGUAAUGAUAAACCCCGAGAACGAAACCAUAAAUGCAUUAAACAAUGUUAUGGCAACACCACUCUUGAUUACAAGAAAGAUCACGUUUACACUAAAAACUUUUACUAUCUCUCUCCUGAAAUUAUUCAAAAGGACAUAAUGGUUCAUGGACCCAUCGAAGCUACAUUUUUAGUUUUUGAUGAUUUCUUCAAUUACAAAUCAGGAGUUUAUGUUCGAUCUUCAACGUCAUUGAUGGGAGGACAUGGUGUGAAAUUAAUCGGAUGGGGAGUUGAAGAGGGUGUUCCAUACUGGUUGUUGGUGAAUUCAUGGAAUACAUCAUGGGGUGAUAAAGGUUUAUUUAAAAUUAAGAGAGGUUCUAACGAAUGUGGAAUUGAAGCUGAAAACACUGCUGGUGAACCCCUUGUUCAAUAAAAAUAUAAAUGUAAUAAUGAUAAGUUACUGAAGCAAUUAUAAUAAAUUUAAAACUUUUAUAUACGUUCCUAAAUAUAAAAAUAAUAAAUAAUUUCUGAAUAAUUAAAAUACUAAAUAUUUAAAAUAUACAUAUAUAAUAUAUAUAUGACGUAAUCAUAAGUCAAAUUAUUAUUACGUCAUAUUUCACUAAAAUUUAAUAUACUCAGAGUUAAUGCUUUUGUUAUUAUUUUGUUUAUCCUAAAAUUGUUAUGACGUCAACAUUGUGUCUUUCUGUAUGAUCAGGAUUAUGGAGUGUAAGCCUACAACAACAGGUCCUUACUACUAUUAGCCUAACUAUUUGUACAAUCUACGGGUAUACUUGUCCUUACUAAUGUUAACCUUAUUACAUUUUUCGUUGACUUAUGUAUGUAGUAUUUGAACUACAUCAAAGUCAACCAAAUCUAACAUCUUGAUGAAAGUCUUAAAACCCGACUACUUACCACAACCAGUAGUCACCUAAUAUUAAUACUAUUUGUCUAGUCUCAAGCUACAAUGAAUCAACCCCGAUAUGAAAGUAUAAUAUCAAAUAGAAAAUCAGUGUUAAUGUUUUAAUAUAUAUAUAUACUAUGUAAAUAUAUAUAGGGUGAUCAAUUUAUAAAUAGAAUAUUUAAAAUAAAAAACGUUUGUUUUAUUUA